CCAGGCGCCGUCGGCCGCCGCCGCCGCCGCUGCGCCCCGCUCCGCUCCGCUCCGCUCCGCGCCCCGCUCCGCGCCCGCCGCCGCCGCCGCCGCCGCCCAGGAGAGCUCGCAGAGGAGGGAUCGCCCGGCACCCCCCCACCCCGCCCCGGCCCCCCAGGCGCCCCCCUGACCCGGUCCGGCCCGGGAUGCUGCGUGGAGCUGAGCACUGAGGCGGGCGCCAUGGGGCGCGCGUCGUAGCCCCCCCGCCGUGGCCUCCCUGCGCGUGGCACCGGUGGCGGAGCCCACUCGGUCGGUGCUGAGCGCUCCUUGAUGGAAUUGCGGUGAAUGGAACAGAAGCCCAGCACCCUGGACCCGCUGUCGGAGCCAGAGGACACCCGGUGGCUGGAUGGCAAGCGCAAAAGAAAGAGCAGCCAAUGUUUGGUGAAGAGCAGCAUGUCAGGGUACAUCCCUAGUUACCUGGACAAAGAUGAACAGUGCGUGGUGUGCGGGGACAAAGCCACCGGCUACCACUACCGCUGCAUCACCUGCGAGGGCUGCAAGGGUUUUUUCCGUCGGACCAUCCAGAAGAACCUGCACCCCACCUACUCCUGCAAGUACGAUGGCUGCUGCGUCAUCGACAAGAUCACCCGCAACCAGUGCCAGCUCUGCCGCUUCAAGAAGUGCAUCUCCGUGGGCAUGGCCAUGGACCUGGUGCUGGAUGAUUCGAAGCGGGUAGCGAAGCGGAAGCUGAUUGAGGAGAACCGGGAGCGACGGCGGAAGGAGGAGAUGAUCAAGUCGCUGCAGCAUCGCCCCAACCCCAGCGCGGAGGAGUGGGAGCUGAUCCACGUGGUGACGGAGGCCCAUCGCAGCACCAACGCCCAGGGCAGCCACUGGAAGCAGAAGCGGAAAUUCCUGCCCGAGGACAUUGGCCAGUCGCCCAUGGCCUCCAUGCCCGACGGGGACAAAGUCGACCUGGAGGCGUUCAGCGAGUUUACAAAAAUCAUCACCCCGGCCAUCACCCGCGUGGUCGACUUUGCCAAAAAACUGCCCAUGUUUUCGGAGCUGCCUUGCGAAGACCAGAUCAUCCUGCUGAAGGGCUGCUGCAUGGAGAUCAUGUCGCUGCGGGCGGCCGUGCGCUACGACCCCGAGAGCGAGACGCUGACGCUGAGCGGGGAGAUGGCCGUCAAGCGGGAGCAGCUCAAGAACGGCGGCCUCGGCGUCGUCUCCGACGCCAUCUUCGACCUGGGCAAGUCCCUCUCUGCCUUCAACCUGGACGACACCGAGGUGGCCCUGCUCCAGGCCGUGCUGCUCAUGUCCUCAGACCGGACGGGGCUGAUCUGCGUGGAGAAGAUCGAGAAGUGCCAGGAGACGUACCUGCUGGCCUUCGAGCACUACAUCAACUACCGCAAACACAACAUUCCCCACUUCUGGCCCAAGCUGCUGAUGAAGGUGACGGAUCUGCGGAUGAUCGGCGCCUGCCACGCCAGCCGCUUCCUGCACAUGAAGGUGGAGUGUCCCACCGAGCUCUUCCCCCCCCUCUUCCUCGAGGUCUUCGAGGACCAGGAGGUGUAGGGCUGCCCCACACACACACACACACACACACACACACACACACACACACCCCAUGGCCCCCCCCCUCGCUCCUUACCCCUGCUCUGCCCACUCUUCCCCCCCCCCCCCACCUUCCAAAUUUUUAUUAUCCCCGCCCCCCCCAA